CUUGUUCAUUGAACCCCAUAACGUCCCCAAACAGCUCCAAUGGCCCGCUCCAAUGGCGCCAGACUCAUAUAUGAGUCGUUGUUGCGAGUGGGAUACAGGUCCGGCGUCUUCAAUCAGCCCAGGGUCUUUUCAAGUUGGAAUUAUAGGAAUGGUAUUCGAGAAGCAGCCAACAAUAAUAGAAGCUGGUUGCCACUCGGAGUGUUGAAGUCGAAUUUGGGGGCCGGCACUCCAAGAUCGAUUCAUGGCACUGCAUUUACGGCAGCAAGAGAUUACUAUGACGUACUUGGGGUAAAUAACAAUGCAAAUGCAUCUGAAAUCAAGAAAGCUUAUUAUGGGCUUGCAAAGCAGUUGCAUCCAGAUACAAAUAAAAAUGACCCUGAAGCUGAAAAGAAGUUUCAAGAAGUCCAAAAGGCAUACGAGGUUUUGAAGGAUGAAGAAAAACGUGCAAAAUAUGACCAGCUUGGCCAUGAUGCAUUCGAGGAAAAUGAUGAUGGAAGUGGCAAGGGUGGAUGGGGCCCUGACGUCGAAAACAUUUGGGAUAUCUUCCCCGGGUUCCGCCCAAUCUUUGAUAGGGAUGGUGGCAAAGAUGUCAAGGUUGCAGUUGAAUUGUCCUUUAUGGAAGCUGUUCAGGGAUGCAACAAGACUUUAACGUUUCAAGCUGAUUUGCCUUGUGAUACUUGUGGUGGAGCUGGUGUUCCUCCUGGAACCAGGCCUGAAACUUGCAGGACCUGUAGAGGCUCAGGGAUGAUAAACAAAGUAACUGGCCCAUUCAGGAUCCAGGUUACUUGCUCUUCUUGUCGAGGAACCGGGAAAAUUGUUAAGAAUUUUUGCAAGUCCUGUAAUGGGGACAAAACAGUGAGAGGACCAAAGACUAUCAAGCUGGAUAUCAUGCCAGGAGUAGAUGAUAAUGAUACUAUAAGGGCUUAUGGGAGCGGUGGAGCAGAUCCUGAUGGCAAUCAACCUGGUGAUCUGUAUGUUACUAUCAAGGUCAGAGAAGACCCUGUUUUUCGAAGAGAAGGGUCAGACAUUCAUGUUGAUGCUGUGCUGAGCAUCCCUCAGGCCACUUUAGGAGGAACCAUCCAGGUCCCAACUUUGAUGGGAGAUGUUGUUGUUAAGGUCCGCCCUGGAACCCAACCUGGUCAGAAGGUGGUUUUGAAGCAAAAAGGCAUAAAGACAAGGAACUCUUACUCGUUUGGGGAUCAAUAUGUGCACUUCAUUGUCAGCAUCCCAACGAAUUUGAGUCCAAGACAGCGUGAACUAAUUGAAGAGUUAGCCAAAGAAGAACAAGGGGAAUAUAAUAAGGGUGCUGCCGCUGGGGCAUCUGCUUAAAUUCAAUAAGAGGACACUGCUUCGUGACCCCAAUUUCAUCACUGAAGGAAGAUGGAAGAAAGUAGAUUUAUUUUUCCAACUCUAUAUUCCUUGAGGCUUGAGCUUGGCAAUUUUGUUUGAUUAAUUUUUAGGUUUAGCUUUGUCCUUGUGUGUUCAAGCUCCACAAAUCUUUACUCCUCAUAGAAGGAUCGUAUACUAUCAAUGGCUGGAAUCUGGACCAGGUUACUCAGGCAGCACAUUAUUGUUAUGUACAUAUAUCCCUAUAGCAUUUAUUAAGAAUUGCACUCUAUUUACGUUGGCAAUGAGAUGAUAAAUGAAUUGCAUUCUAUUUAUUAAAAA